UUGGUUUGUGAAUUAAAAAAAAAAAUAUUAAUAAAAUAAAAAAGUGUUUUUAAAAAAUAUUUAAAAUAAUAAAAAUUAAGAAAAUUCUAAAGUGGAAAUUGUGAAAAAAAUUCGAAAAGAAAAAUCCUUUAAAAAACCAACAACAAGAAAAAUUAUACAUAAAUUGUGAGAAAAGAAGGAGGAUUACACAAUUACACACAAAACGCCAUUUUGGAUUUUUGUCUUUCUGGCUGGCUGGCUGGCUGACUGGUAGCGAAAAAAGGACCUCCAUCUACAGCCCCAACCCCCAUAUCACCCAUCCCAGCCCUCCUCGGAAAAAAGUGGGCAAACAUUUAGAGAGAGCAAAGUGGAGCUCUGAAAUAUUAGCAACAGUAGCAUCAGCCGGAGUGGGGAAGCGUGGCGGCAGGACAUUCUCAGGAUAUGAAAAACUAAAAUAAAAGCUUACUCCCCAAAAACUAACUAACCACCACCAACAGAUCGAAUAAACAACAACAUCAGUAAAUAGAGGACAAACGAGAAAAAAAAGUUCCCAAAAAGGAAAAUAUGAUUUUAACAUUUUUAAAACGUUUUUGAAAAAUAAUUUCAUUCAUCAAAAAAAAAAAAAAAAAAAAAUAGUCCUCUAUUUUCGUAAAAAUUGCAUCACGUCUAGCCCACCUGAAGCCUAAGCUGCUCAUGUUUAUUAUUUGAAAAAAAAGCCCGCCCACACACAUUUAAACAUUUCACUCUUCAAAACAUUAACGCCCCACUCUUUCCUCUGCAUUUCCACGUUCACAAUGGAUUACAACAAUAAUGGAUUACCAACAACAAAACCGACUGCAACACAUCGAAAAUUUAUGAAAACAUCUCGUCAGGUCAUUACCUCGACAAAACGUAGAAAAUCCUCCAAAUCGAUGACCUCCUACAUGGCCGUGUCAUCAUGGUUUGCUGGGUUAUCCUCAUCUCUAACAUGUUGUGGAUUACUGAUUGUCGUGGCGCUCAGUUGCUGCAUUAAUAGCGCACAUGGGCGUGCACCACCCGAGCCCUAUUACGGUCGUUUCAUCGGACACUUUACAAAUUUCGCUCAUGGCAUAAAGGGUUCCGUUUAUGCUGUGGACGAAUCAACGCUCUUCAUCAAGUCCUUUGCCUACGAUGGCACGGGACCGGAUGCCUUCUUCUGGGUUGGCAAAACACCGCGACCAAGUCCAGAAGGAUUCAUUAUACCAUACCCAGAGGACUAUACAGGAUUUGAACCACCCAUAUUGAAGGCCCACAAUAAUACGGACAUCAUACUGCGUCUUCCCAUGGGCAAAAGGAUUAAGGACAUAAGAUGGCUCUCAGUGUGGUGCAGACGUUUUACGGUUGAUUUUGGUGAAGUCUUUAUACCACCAGGUUUGGAUGUGCCGAAACCCCGUGUCUUGCCAGAAUUCAAGCGGCUGGCCCAUGGUCUACGGUCAAGUAACAUCAGUGUGUUGGAUGCCAAAACAUUUUAUAUUCCUAAUUUGCAUUAUGACGGUGCUGGCCCAGAUGCCUAUUUCUGGGUUGGCAAUGGUUCCGAACCCAAUAUUAUGGGUAUUAAGGUACCCAACGAAAUCGGUUCCCUGGAACCUUUGCGCGGCUAUCAGGGUGAAGAUAUUGAAAUUCAAUUGCCCGGCAAAUGGACUGUCUAUGACAUUGACUGGCUGGCCGUGUGGUGUGUGGAAUAUCGCCACAAUUUCGGUCAUGUUUAUAUACCCAAAGACUUGGAUGUACCACCGGCCCUGGGACAAACGAAAAUCACCACCACAACAACACCACGCCCCGUCUACUCCAACUGCCGUGAAAUCAUACCCAACAAAUUGCAAGUCAAAUGGGAGUUGCAGGGUGAAUAUCUGCAAAUCGAUUUGCUCGGCCGCAUCAGCGAAGAUCAGUACAUGUCCUUCGGCCUGUCCGGCGCCAAUGGCCGUGCCCAAAUGUCACAAUCCGAUGUCGUUGUGGCCUUUUACGAUACCACCGCAAGAGUGUUCCGUGCCGAGGAUUAUUACAUCACCGACUUAUCGCAAUGCGAUGGCCACAAUGGCGUGUGUCCAGACGAGAGGAUUGGCGGACGUAAUGAUGUUGUUGUUUUGAGCGGAGAUCGCAAGAAUGGCGUGACCAGCAUACGCUACCGUCGCCUAUUGCAGACAAAUGAACCGAUUUACGAUAUGCCCAUACCCACGGAUCGUGAUGUCUCAGUAAUAGCUGCCAUCGGACCGCUCAAUAGUCGUAAAGAGGCAAAUGCUCAUACGCACACUGGCACCGAUCAUGUUGUCGAUGAUAUACGCAUUAAUUUCUCAUCGAGGAGCGACAAUACCUGCAAACUCUCUUUGUUCACGGUCAAGGACGAAUCGGGUCCAACACCCUGGCCAACACGCAAGAUAACCAAUGAAUAUUCAUUUACGGCCCGCAUUGGUCCGACUGGCGGUAAGCGAGGCUAUACACCCAUUACGGGUAUACCCUCGUGGGGUAUUGCCUGGUACAUCAAUGAUUUGCUGAUACCCGAGAUCACUGUGGAACGGGGUAAAACCUAUGAAUUUAUUGUGGAAGGCGGUGAUAUUGCCGCACAACCAGCAAGAUACCAUCCAUUUUAUAUCACCGAUUCUCCGGAAGGAGGCAUUGGACAAAAGACUGGCCUGGAAUUGAGCAAACAAAAGGCAUAUGCCGGUGUGGAAUUCGAUGAGGAGGGCAAUCCAAUACCAACAGCUGCUGGCCGCUACUGUGAAUGGGUCCACAAUACCAUUGAUCGCUCGGCAGAGACUGAAACCUUUGAGGAAUAUAUGAAGACCCUGACUUUGGUGUGUGAAGAUGGUGAACCGGGCUAUCUCAACUGGACCGUGCCCAUGGAUGCCCCGGAUACGUUGUAUUAUCAGUGUUUUACCCACAACAAUUUGGGUUGGAAAAUCAAUGUGGUGGACAGUGGAGCCUCAAGGGCUUUGAUACCCCUGACAACGAUAUGGUAUGCCGUGGUCAUGAGUUUGGCAGCCCUGGGUUUUAAUCUGGCGCUGACACACAGCCAAGGUUUGGGGCGCCGUAUUGCCUGAUAGUAAUCACUGAGGAAAGGGUGCACAUUUUUGGUUACAUGCAUUUUGUAAUUUAUCAGAGUUUUUUCACAGAAUAUUUUUUUUGAUAUUGUAUUUUUUUUUUGCUAGAUAGGCUAAAUUGGCGAAUGUUAAAGGAAAUGGAAGGAGGAGAAGGAUAAUAAUAAUUAUGACAAUAAUAAUGAUGAUAAAGACAAUAAUGAGUUAAGGGGGCGGGAAAAAAACAACAAAAAGUUAAUUACAAAAAAAAACAAUUUUGAAUGCAAUAUUGAAUAUUAAAAAACGAGAAAAUAAUAUCAUAAACCGAAACUGGCAUCAAUUAUUAGAUUUUUAGGUCCUUGGCAACUGAAAUUCAAAA